AUGGUUUCGCCGCUCCCCCAAAAACCUCGCUGGUCCUCAUUCCUCGGAAAUUGGAUCUUCGACAAAAGUAAACAAGUCCGGGCAGAAUGUCGGCUACACCAGCGAACAAUCCUAGGAUGCCGACCCGCAAUCACCGCUCCGCAAUUGCUUGUCAAGCCUGCCGCCAGCGCAAGGUUCGGUGCAGCUUGGCUAUCACGGGCACCCCUUGCAUCGGUUGUACUCAAGACCGCGCUGACUGUUUCUCUGAAGAGUUUUGGCCGCAGAACCCAAAAAGCACGUCGCGAGGCCGUUGAACGCCGUGAUCCGGACCACAUUCCGGCGUCCGAUUCUGCUGAAAAUCGAGCUUCCGAUCAUGAAUCGAAUCCUAGUAUAGAGAUCUCUAACAGGCCUAAUGGACAAUAUAAUGCGGCAACAGUUCCGUGCUCCUCCUAUCGGACUCACGAUGGAGAAGGGGGAGGGAGCCACGAUGCAAUUGAGGUCGGAACGUCGUCGUUUCAACAACCUCAAUCCCGAUAUACCAGAGACACCACUGUUAGGGUUGAAUCUGAAGGCGACAUCGAGAACGAAGAGCGAAGUGGAGUGGAGAUUGCAACAGCAGCAUUAGGGCAGCCUCAGGAAAAUGGUCAGAUACCUUUUUACACCGGAGGCCAGACGGGGCCCACAUACGCGCUGGAUAUUUGCUCGCCGGAGAAGUCAUUGCCCAGACACUUUCUUAUCCCGUCGCACGCCCGAUUUCCUCUGUCCGAUGCGGACCAAGGAUAUCUCCAGGCUAAAGGAGUGCUCACGCUUCCCGGGAAAAAGAGUUGCGAAAGUCUUCUUCGGGCAUACCUCCAUCACGUUCAUCCAUUAAUGCCCAUCAUUGAAGUUGAUACUAUUCUGGAAUUUCAGCAAAAUGGCCGACUUCACGAGUACAAUCUCCUCCUUCUCUGGAGUAUAUUCUUCGUUGCGGUGAAUUUUGUCUCGCGCACUGUCUACGAACAAGAGGGCUAUAAGUCCCGAAAAGAAAUGAAAGCCAGUCUGUAUUCACGUGCCAAAUGCAUGUAUGCCGUCGGCGAGGGAAUGGACAAAAUUGUUCUUCUCCAAUCUUCUCUUUUGAUGGGAUUCUGGCUAUCAGAGCUUGAUGAACAUAUGCAACCCUUGUAUUGGACUGGAAUCGCGAUCAACCUUUGCCAGAUGUUAGGUUUGCACCGCAAUCCCGAUUCUUCGAAGUUCAAUUGUAACAUCACCGAUCGACAACGGUCCCUCUGGCGUCGUUUGUGGUGGAGCUCAUUUUACCGAGAUCGUUGGCUUAGUCUUAGUUUUGGAAGGCCAUCACGCAUUGAUCUCAAUGACUGUGACACGCCUAUGCCCACGGCCACCGACCUGCUCGUUGACGUGGGUGGACUACCUGAAGGUAUAUCGGCCGGUUUUUUGCCCGCUGGCUUUCCCGGGCUGGCGUCGUACUGGGUGACACUAAUUGUACUGAGCAAGCAGUUGGGUGCUGUUAUUACCAUGAACUAUCAAACUCUCAAGUCACGGCCGACGAUUCAACAAUUUGAAUCUCGUGAAGCGGAAAUUCUUCGGUGCACGUUGCCCGAUCAGUACCAGGCUGGCCUCACUGAUCUAGCACGAUUUCAUUCACUGCAUGUCCAUUUGCACUACCAAGCACUCCUUAUUGCUUUCUACCGGCCGUAUGGAACUGAUUUCCCCAUCGAUCUUGAUCCUGUUGUCCGGAGAGACUGGCAACAUCGGAUGCGUCUAAGGGCCGGCGAUGCAGCCUCAAAAACAAACGACAUUAUUGAUGUUCUGGCUGAAGAUAAUCUUCUGGAAUACGCGGGGCCUAUGACACCCUCACUCCUAGUUCCUGCGAUGCAGACCCACCUGCUCUUCUAUCGAUCGGCCGAUUCUCUGACGAAACGCCUGAGGCUUCACAAGCUCGAGAUGUGUAUGCUUAUCAUGGAAGAGCUACAAAAAGUCUACACGGUUGCUUCAAUAUACCGCGGGAUUUUUCGUAAGGCUAUGGAACAAAUUUGUCCUUUCUACCAGGCAACGACUGCCAUUUCUGACCAGGGAAUGAGUUCAGCUCGAACCACUAAUACGAGCGGCCGAGACUCGAUAGUGAAUGCAGCGGCUGCUCAUCAGCUUCCAGAAGCUGUAUUUGAUAACAAUUAUCUCCCGGCCAAUAGUUCAGAGCAAAGGAAUGAACUUCUAGGAGACUUCAUGGAUUCGUUGAUGGACGAGACCUCAGUGUUUAAUUUUUGGGAAACAUGGAAUCGAAUGUGA